UUUGUGGUGUACGGCUUAAAAGAUCGACUAUUUGUAAACUGAUAUGUUGGGCAGAAUCAUUCCUAGGGAUACCCUGAAAUUGCUGGAAAGAGAAGCCAUAACUGCCGUACAGCUAGUUAUGCCCCUUGCCAGUUCCAAUCAAGAAAAUCCCGUCAGUACCGAAUUCGAUAAUGUGGAAGCAAUUAAAAUUGAGGAUGAUACGUUUUCGAAGCCUCAGGAAGGGAAGUCUAAUAAAUGGAGCUUUGAUAAAAAGCGGCCCUUGAAUAUACAACUUCCGAAGGAUACCGUUACCAUUUUGAAAUACCCCAAAAACGUGCCGAUACCCCCAUGCCCUAAAGAGAUUGAGUCAAGGAAUUGGGAAAAGGCAUUCAAAGAAGCGAGUGUUUAUCUGAUAGGAACGGCUCAUUUCAGCCGAAAGUCCGAAGAAGACGUUACCAAGACUAUCAAGGAAACUCAACCGGACCUUGUAAUGGUCGAACUAUGCCCUAGCAGAAUAGCUGUUCUAUCAAUGGAUGAAAAGACUCUGUUGAAGGAAGAAAGUGAACUCAACACGCAAAAGAUUCUGACCACUAUCAAGCAAAACGGCGUUGUACAAGGGGUCCUACAUAUUUUACUACUUUCUUUAUCAGCUCAAAUUGCUAGAAAGCUGUCAAUGGCACCUGGUGUGGAAUGUAGAGCUGCUCAUAAAGCUGCAAUGCAGACACCGUUGUGCCGAUUGGUGCUCGGGGAUCGACCUAUACAAGUGACUCUUCAACGUGCUCUAGGAUCACUUACACUUCGGGAGAAAAUCAAGUUUUCUUGGCACUUAAUAGUGUCUCAUAACACUUCGAUAACACUGGAAGAGGUUGAAAAAUGCAAAGAGAGGGACAUGACGGAACAGUUGCUUGCUGAGAUGGCUAGUGAUUUUCCUAAACUUAGCAAGGUUUUUGUUGAUGAACGAGAUGCUUUCAUGACUCACGCCCUUCAUUCACUAUUAAUAAGGAAUACAUUCGAUAAGCGUAUGUCAUGGGAGAAGCACAUCGGUAUGAAUUGGCAACCACUCAGGGUCGUCGCCGUUGUAGGUAUUGGUCACACUCCAGGAAUAAUUGCUCAUUGGGAUGAACCAGUUAACAUCUCUCCUCUUUUGAGUGUCCCUCCGCCAUCUAAAUCAGCGAAGAUUGCUAAACUUGCCUUUCGGGCAGCUCUCUGGGGAGGAGUUGGUUUCCUUCUUUACCAAAGUGGAGUAAGAAUUGCGAGGAAACUCAGCUGACCAUGUGUUUUAGCAUUAUUGCAAAUCGGUGUUACACAGAAAUGUAAAGUAGUCCUUACUGUAGCAUUUCGAUUGUCACAAUAAGACAUUUUCAAAAUUCUUCUGUUCUGGAAAGAGCUUUGAA